GGAAACAAAACAUCCUCGCCUUUCCUCAGAACUGAUCUGUCUUAGUAACACUCUGAGAGCUGCUAAAUCCUGGAGACACGGUGAAGAUGACCAGCUUAUGGGAGAUGAUAAAAGUCUCUCAGUUUGUUCUGGUUGAGCUCAGAGGAAGAAGAUGAUGAUAAUGGUGUUUGGAAUCCUCCUCCACAUGUCCCUGCAGGUCUCAGCUGUGGAGACGUAUGAAGGACAGUCCAUUCUGCUGUUCUGUGAGUUUGAAAUUUUUGAACUGGACCGACCCACAGUGAAGUGGAGUCGCUCUGACCUCAGUCCUCCAAUUGUCCACCAGCGUCAGGAGGAAGGAGAUGAACUGAUGGAUCAGAACCAGCUUUACACAGGCAGAACCUCCAUGAAGGCUGAUGCUCUGGAGACCGGAGACCUUAGCCUGAAACUGACCAACUUGCAGACGUCUGACACUGGAACCUACAGCUGCACCGUCAGGAAUGUCAUGGGAGAACGGAGAGUUAGAGAUGAAGAGCUGCUGGUUAAAGAACUGUUUCCAUCCUGGGCCAAAGCUCUCUUGGUUCUCUUUGUGCUGGUUCUGACUGUUGCUGCAGGUAUUAUAUUAUAUUAUUUUCGUCAUCGUUUGAGACCAGAACUAAAGGUGGAGAUGGAGAAGAAGAAGAUGGUGGAGGUGCUUUCAGGGGAGGAGUGUGUCCUGCUUCCCUGCAAAAUGGUGGGCCACCUGCCUAAAGACGUAAAGGUGAAAUGGGUGGAUGCAGGCAACAGGGUGGUCCAUGUGUAUCAGAAUGGUUCUGAUCAGCCUGAAGAACAAGAUCAGCUCUACAGAAACAAAACCAAAGUGAAGAGAGAUCUGCAGAAGACUGGAGACUUCAGUCUGACUCUGAGGCAUCCUACAUAUGAAGACAAUAACGUCUACACCUGCAGCAUCCACAGCUGGUUAAGAAACAUCCAAAUUAUGAAACAAGUUCAGCUGGAGGUCAAAGUCCAACAGGUGGAGGUGGAUUCAGGGGCGGAGUCUGUCCUGCUGCCGUGGAGAACCAAAGUGCAUCUGAAAGGAAAUGGUAAAGUGGAGUGGAGGGACAAAGAGAAUGAUGUGGUCCAUGUGUAUCAGAAUGGUUCUGAUCAGCCUGGAGAACAGGACCUGUACUACAGAAACAGAACCAAGAUGAAUGAAGACCCACUGAACACUGGAGAUCUCAGUCUGACUCUGAAAUAUCCUGAAGUCAGUGACGGCUGUACUUGCAGGGUCUACAGCAGUGAUGGAGAAAUCCUGUUGGAGAAACACGUUCAGCUAGAGGUCAAAGAUCAUGAGGUGGAGGUGGAGGAUGGGGUGGAGUCUGUCCUGCUGCCAUUCAAAGAAACACUUGAGCUGCUAGCAGGAGAUAGAGUGGAGUGGAAGCGCUAUGAACCUGAACCACCAAUAAAGGUCCAUGUGUAUCAGAUCGGUUCUGAUCAGCCUGGAAAAUGGAGCCGGCUCUACAGAAACAGAACCAAGAUGGAUGUAGACCUGCUGAAGACUGGAGACCUCAGUCUGACUCUGAGAUGUCCUACAAAGAGAGACAAUGGAGAUUAUCAAUGUGUACUCCUGAGAGAGGAAGAACUACUGAGAGUAAAAUAUUUCUCUCUGAAGGUCAAAGUCCAACAGGUGAAGGUGGAAUCAGGGAUUGAGUCUGUCCUGCUGCCCUGUAGAACCAAAGUUCAUCUGCCUGAAGAUGCUACAGUGGAGUGGAAGGACAGACAAGAUAGCAUAGUCCACGUGUAUGAGAAUGGUGUUGAUCAGCCUACAGAACAGAACCUGGCCUACAGAAGCAGAACCAAGAUGAAUGAAGACCCGGUGAAGACUGGGGAUCUCAGUCUGACUCUGAGAUGUCCUGAAUUCAGUGACGACUAUACUUGCAGGGUCUACAGCAGCGAUGGAGAAAUCCUGAUGGAGAAACAAGUUCAACUACAUGUCAAAGAUCAUGAGGUGGAGGUGGAGGUGGAGGACGGGGUGGAGUCUGUCCUGCUGCCAUUCAAAGAAACACUUGAGCUGCUGGCAGGAGAUGGAGUGGAGUGGAAGCGCUAUGAACCUGAACCGGUGAGAAGUGUCCAUGUGUAUCAGAAUGGUUCUGUUCAGACUAGAGACCAGGACCAGUUCUACAGAACCAGAACCAAGAUGGAUGCACACCUGCUGAAGAUUGGAGACCUCAGUCUGAUUCUGACAUGGCCCACAAAGAGAGACAGUGGAAAGUAUGAAUGUAAAGUCUUGAGAGAGCAAAAGGUCCUGAGGAAAAAAUGGUUCCAUCUGAAGGUCAAAGCAGGGACAGUCCAGAUCCAGGUCCAACCAGAGGACAUCAGGACCCGCAGCUCAGUUGAAUCGACUCCUCUGAUGGUCAAUCAAUCAGUCUGAUCAGUUAAAUGAUACAUCACUUAUUACUGAUCCAGAGAGAAACCAGAUCUGGUCACAGUUUGCAGAGUGAGUUUUUAUCUAAAUCAGGAUGUUUUCAAUUGAGCUGAGGCUGUUAUUAAAAUAUAUUAAUAUUAAUACUAGCGUUCUGCCAAGAAAAUAUAUUGUUCUCACCAUCGUGGAUUAAAUGAAUACUUUCUCUGUUGUUAAGGUGUCUAAUAUACCCAAAUUUAAAGUUUUUUUAAACGUG